UUAUAUAAAUAAUUUCCAUUUCGAAUGGCAACGUUUGUUCGUUUUCUCACGUUCUUUUUCGUUUGCACGUUCUAAUUCGAAGUCGUUCUAUUUUAGAAUCUGAAUUUAACAUCUCAAAACGACAAAAAUAUUUCGUUAAACAUGAAGUUUCCUGAAAAAUUAUGGUGCAUAGUUAAUAACUGUAAAAGUGGAGCCAUCGGAUGGACUAAUAAUGGCGAUUCAAUAUUUUUAGUCUAUGAAAUAUUUAAACAAGAAUUUUUGAGUGGAGAAAAUGCUGCUUUCAAAACUAACAAUAUCAAUAGUUUUGUUCGGCAGCUAAAUUUAUAUGGUUUUAAGAAAUGCAAUAGAUUUAAUGAAGAGCUACACGAGUUUAAGCAACCCUUCUUUAUCAGGAAUCGAAAAGAUUUAUUGUACAAAAUUCACAGAAAACCUGGAUCUCCCUAUGACGCAAAACCAGACAAUUUUUCAACCGUUUCAAAGAGCAAAGUUCCACUCGAAGACAAACAUAAUUCUACUCUUUGUGGACUUGCAAAUUCGACGCCAAAGAACUGCAAAAUUUCGACUCUAGAUUUAAGUAGGAACGACAACGAAAAGUCUAAACACUCUUCAUCAAACCAUUUCUUAGAAGUUUCGGCACCUUAUCAUUCUUACGUUCAAAAUGGCUGGCUACCUGCUGAUGCGGCAUUUUAUAAUUCUGAGAAGUCGAAAUCAGGAUUUCCGAAUGAAGUUGAAAACAAAGAAAAUGCUUAUUGUAACCAGUCAGCCGAAAAUGACUAUGUUCCAUACAAUUUGGAUAUAUCUCCUAACGCAUAUAUAUUUGUUGUGCCUAGUUACGCUCUUCAGCUACCUCCAUUUACAAAUCAAGACAUUUUUAAUAGUCUUAUGCACUUUAUGGUUUAUCCCACCAUGGGAUUAAGAUCGUAAGUCAAAAACAAACUUUUUGGAAGAAACAAACAAUUCUUCAAGUAUUUCUUUCACAUGA